GAACGCGUGAGCAGUCCAGCGGUUUUGAUGUCAAUGACUUUUCUGCCUCAACAAAACUGAAAACUGAGAGCACAAAAGGAGUCACAGGGUGAAGAUAGAUUGAUUGUUUAAAGAUGGCAGACACAGAACAACGGCCUCCCCCUCAGAUGGGUCCGGCGCAAUUUUUAUUGAGCAACAAACUGGAGACAGCCAUGUGGCUCUCUCGUCUCUUCACAGUCUACUGCUCCAUCAUGUUCAUUCUGCCUUUGCUGGGGCCACAUGCAGCUGCUAAUUUUUACCAGCGGGCGCUGCUGGCCAACGCUCUGACCAGUGCGCUGCGGCUGCACCAGAGAUUGCCUCACUUCCAGCUGAGCAGAGUCUUCCUGGCCCAGGCCUUACAGGAGGACAGCUGCCACUAUCUCCUCUACUCCCUCAUCCUCGUCAACUCCUAUCCCAUCACCAUGAGUAUCUUCCCAGUGUUCCUCUUUUCCCUGCUCCAUGCAACCACCUACACCACCAAGGUUCUCAACACGAUGGGUCCCGACAGCCUCGCGUUUGUGAGGAAUUUCCUGAACAAGCUCACAGCUAAUCAGCAGAACAUUCUCAAGUUUGUUGCCUGCAACGAGAUCUUCCUAAUGCCCGCCACAGUCUUUAUGCUUUUCAGUGGCCAGGGAAGCCUGCUACAGCCUUUCAUUUACUACAGAUUUCUAACCCUGCGCUAUGCCUCAAGAAGAAAUCCAUAUUGCCGUACCCUGUUCACGGAGCUGAGAAUCCUGGUGGAACAUUUAAUAAUGAAGCCGGCGUGUCCCGCAUUCUUCAGGAGGAUGUGUCUUAAUAGCAUCGCCUUUAUCAGCCGCCUGGCCCCCACUGGCGUUUAAACAUCUCCUCUCCACACACACACACACACACACACACACUCUCACACUCACUCAACACACACAACAGGUGUCCCAGGUCAGACUGACAAGCAUGACAGAGAAUCCUCUGCAAGCUCAGAGCUGGUUCCUGUUCACCUCAUCAGCUGUUUUUAACCCUCAAUGCACUGAAUGUUGUGGCUCUUUUGGCACGGCUUCACUGAAACCGAACUGUACCAGACGAAAUGGAAGCCAUGGUUCAGAGAGGAAGAGAGAAAGGAUGAACGUCAGUCAACACUAGAGUGCUCAAACAAUUGUAAUGGUGGUACCUUUAUUUGUAUGUUUGAGGGAUUAUUUAUACUCAGCCAUUAAUUAUGUAUGUUGGAAUUAAAACAGAUUUAGGUAUUUAAAUAAAUUAUAGAGCAUAUAGUCAUCAUUAAGGUUGUUUCAUUUUUUUUUUCUCCCCCUUUAAGAAACCACGUUGUGCUGGAGAAUGAGAUUACUGUAUUUGUGUAUGCUCCAGCUAGAUUGUCUCUACCUAUUCUGUUUUUAUACUUUAUUGCUCUGUGUUUAAAUUGUAAACUUACUGUGAGCUGUUCUUUGUCUUAAAACUUUUUUGGUUUUGAUUGUUAAUUGUUAUCUCUUCCAAGUAGAUCCCCUGCUGAGAGUAAGACAUUGUAAACCAAUGCCCUACUGAGACUGAAUUGAGGAGAAGCCAAAUGUUGACUAUCUAUGGAUAUCUAUUAAAUAUUUUAGAAUUUUUUUUUUUUUAAGUUGUUGAUUGAAAAUUCCUGAUCUGUGUAUGGCUGAAUGACUUUGUGUUGUUAAUGAAAAAUCUACAGCUUGCCGCAAUUUCCCUUUUUGUAUGCCUUAUGCAACUCUCAAUAUUGUUGCUAUGAAUGCAAAGGGUGAAAUCCCAGUCUAGACCCCCACUUAUCAGUAAGUUUUGUAGAUGACAUCACCUAGUCAUUCAAGGCAUGCUGUCAUUUGUUCAACAUAUUUAUUAUUUCUCUGUUGAUAACCAUGUUUGCGUAGAGGAAUGAA